AUGUUGGACAGGAAGUUGCGAGGACUCACAAGAGCAACAGCCGCCAUUUCCAUCCUAAUAUUCCUCCUCAACUGCUUCCCAUCGACAACUCCCGCCAGGAUCAAGCAACAAAGAACUUCACGCAACAAUGGCUACCGCACCUCAACUUACGGAGAAUCUUCAUCUUCAAUCAGUUACUCGUACACUAGCAGCAGCAGCAGCAGCAGCAGUAGCAGUUCUCAAGAAGCUUUCUACAAAAUAGAAGAACCGGUGAAAUGUUAUAACGACAGUGGGUUCGCUCAGAUGUGCAGCUCUGCGUUUGUCAAUGCUGCCUACCUGAAAAACGUCGAAGCCACAAACACGUGCGGCGAUAAUGGCCCGGAGACCUUCUGCCCACGAACCGCUCUGGAGCAGCACCUACCAGCUUCCUGCUCCGUUUGUUACGCAGAUUCCUUUCCGGCCUCCCAUCUGACUGACCUGCACAUGGUGGACCAGAGGACCUGGUGGCAGUCGAGCACCAUGAUGAAGGACAUCAACUACCCCACCACCGUCAACCUCACCAUCGAUCUCGGUCAGUCACUUUUUGUCCACUCAUGGGUCGGUCGCCAGGAUGGCUGCUUUGAAACUCAUAGAGAGCUAGCUCAUUUAGCACGGCCACCCGAACCCAAGUGUAUACAUAUUAACAUGAUUGACACGUCUAGGGUUGUUGACUACUUUAAAAUAUUAGCCAGACGUUGGAGGAAGCUUCUUGGAAAGUUGCUUGAAGACAAAAAUGGCUGUGAAAUAUUUACCGAUCUGAUUUAA